UCUGCAUUUCGCACUCAGCGCGUUCACACAUGCGGCUAGGAGCAAAAUUUACUAGUUAAUUUCGAGGAUCAUUUAUUUAGCUAUAUACUUUUCCAAGGACUUUUUGAUAUUAUACCCAAGGACUGCGUACAGUCCUUUCAGGAGUAAGGAUUUUUGACCACGUGGGAUUUGACAAUCUAGAAUUUUGAAGAUGACGACCCUCAAUAACCAGGUCCAAUCUGGGCUUAAUACGGAAGCGGCGAUGACUCUCUCCCAAAGCAUGGAUUCUGUAAAUGCAGUUUCGGAAGAAGAGGUCAGAACACUGUUUGUGAGUGGUCUUCCCAUGGACGCCAAGCCUAGGGAAUUAUAUCUACUAUUUAGGGCCUAUAAGGGAUACGAAGGUUCGCUACUUAAAGUGACUGGUAAAAAUGGAAAGAGCACCAGUCCGGUUGGUUUUGUCACAUUUAGCUCACGAGUCGCUGCUGAGUCGGCGAAACAGGAUCUACAGGGUGUCCGCUUCGACCCCGACCUGCCACAAACGCUUAGGUUAGAAUUCGCAAAGUCCAAUACGAAGGUCACCAAGCCGAAGCAACAGUCCCCCCAGCCGGCCGCGACUCAUCCCACGACCUUCAUGCUCACCGGGCAUAUGCCUCACGAACAACAAAACUGGAUCCUCCCACCAGAAGACCUAGGUGCUGCCGCCUUUUUCCCCGGGACGGAGGCGUGGUCACACCACCCGCUAGCGGCGGCGGCCUAUGCAGAGCUGACGAGCCCGACCGCACUCCACCAUCACGCAGCACUUCUGCAGCAUCCUCUGGCACAGGACCAAUUUACUGGCCACAUGCCAUUUAACAAGCAGAUGCAUUCGCCCCUCGUAGCCCAUCACAUGGCCCCAGGCCACGCCACCAUGCCACAUCAGAUAUCGAGCCCCCUAAUGGCUAGCCCAAUAAACAAUAAUACCUCCAGCAACUCUCCGUGCUCAACGCUAUUUAUCGCCAACCUCGGCCAGAACUGCACGGAGACUGAAUUGAAGGAGAUAUUUCAUCGGUUUAUGGGCUUUAAUAGAAUUCGUAUGCACAACAAGGGGGGACCACCGGUAGCCUUUGUAGAAUUCACGGAUGUAGUUAGCGCUACAGAAGCCAUGUCUGCCCUCCAAGGUCGUUUUUUGUUGUCGUCAGACCAGUCGCGGGGUGGCAUGAGGAUAGAGUAUGCAAAAAAUAAAAUGGGGGAGGUAGGUCACUUGACCAAUCCGUAAAGAAGAAAACGGAACUGGACACUCCCCACCAUUGGCUCAGACGGCAUUUUAGGGCGUAACCAUGACGACAGAAGCAAUAAACGAGACCUUCAACUUACGAAAAUAUCCGGAAAAAUUUACAGGAUCUCCGCCAUUUUGUAUUGUACACGAAUCAACAUUUCCUGAACUGACUUUGGUUGUGCAGAAUAUUUUUUGCUGAACUGUGCGGAAUAUUCUAAGGAAUUUGACAUUUUUGGCAGGUGUUGAAAUUUCGACACAAUUUUUGAUAAAAUUCGGAAGUUUUACUUUUCCUAUGUUGAAGGUAUCGCGUAUCAUGAAAAUGAUAUCAAUGAAGCCGACCAUAUAACGUUUUUAGCGGUGACUAAGUCGAUUUCUCGAAGAAAAUUUGUAAACGAAAUUAUGAAUUGUUUGAUUUGAAACUUGUGUAAAAUUUAUUCGGAAUUGCGAUGAAUUCUUUUCUGGAAAUCGACGACUCGCCGUUAGAAAUUGAAUUUGAAUACUUGUUUGUAUAUUGUAGAGUAGUUAUAGCCGUGUUUGUAAUUAUGGCGUUUAGAGGGCGUCGCUGAUUUAAGAGGACCGGGUCUCAAGGGAAUCUUUACGAUAUCAAUGUUUUGUUUUUGUAUUGUUGGCACGCCAGAAAAUGGCGGCCAGCGACGUUAUAUUGUUUUGUAUUUUCUGUGUGCGAUUACUAUGUGUUUUUGGAAAUAACGGUCUAUUUCCGUCCAAUUUGGAGGCAUAUCUCAUUAACUACAACCUGCACCCCCUUGGUUUGAAAAUCGACUCAUCUGUGUAAAGAUUUUCUAUUAGAAUUUGAGCGAGUUCAUUUUCAAACAGGGGGUGUUUGGGUAAGAUUCUCUGAGCAUAAAUCCCUAUGCAAAUGUGGUGCAGAUUAUUGAUUAUUAUUUCAAACUUGCACCCCUUGUUUUCCGAAAGUGGGCCUGUCAGUUUAAAGAUUCUCAAUUUGAAGUUGGGUUUAUCCAUUUCUGACGAGGGUGGUUGCACACCAUGCACCCCUUGGUUCAAUGAAUGUUUGGCUCUGUUUGAAUAUAAGGGCAGUCCAUUUUUGUGAGGGGUGCAGUUAGAGCGCAAUUUCAAAGCUUGGGAUUGUGGGGUAUUAUCAUUGUGUCAAACCACGGGUUAAUUUUCAAUGUAUGGAUUUGAAAAUUUCUGUUGUCCGCAAGUUCCGUGGCUUCAUGUCAGCAAAGUGUUGUAUAUCUGUUACUCAUUAGCAUAAAUUAUGCAUCAUUUGCAUAAUAAAUUCAUUGAGAAACUGUGUCUCUGGCUGAGGAAGUAAAAUAAUUUCGUCCAUUCUGUUGUACUGUUUCCAUGGUUACGUACAUAGGUCAAAAUGGCCACCGUUAUGCCAAGAGUCGCCACAAACACGGGCUGCUCUUAUAGUCCACACUGUGGUGCCACCUGGUAUUCAAGACAUGAACUAAAUUGGAGGAAUUUUUGUCCACAACUUGCUGGCGUUUGAGAUUUUCUUUUCCGCAUCCAAUGUUUUUUUCAGCCUGAUUCAGGAAUCAUGGGGUUAAUAUCGUGAUGUCUUUUCGUCCAAUUAAAUCUGACCUCAUCUACAUAUUUGUGAAUGUCAUUUGCAUAACUUAUGCAGAAAAUGAUGCAUUAUUUGCAUAAUUUAUGCAAGUGUUGGCAAUUUGAAUUUAAUUCAAACAUUAGCAGAGGUCUUGAAUAUGACAAUAUUGCAUUUAUGUGAUCUAGAAUAUGAAUAUUCACGUUAUAAUUUGUAAGCAUAUUUGCACCUGACACCCCUAAUAUUCAGAAUGGAUUGAACUGGUUCUGCUAUCGGUCAGUCCAUUGUCGAAUUAUGAGGGAUGUAAGCUGAACACAUUGAGACGACUCUUCGAAUACUCUAAUUGUUUAGUGCUUGUAACAUGGAAUCUGAUUGGUUGAACCUGAUGUAAGGACAGAUCUGAUUAGUUCAAUUCUGCAAUAGAUCUGAUAUGGUGAAAGAGGCCACUCUAGUUUUUGGAAAAUUUUGAACAAAAUUAUUCGGAGAAGUAUUGUUGAUUUUGAAUAUGACUUCUAAUUGAUCUCGGAAAUUUGUACAUUUGAAAAGAGUCUCAAUAGGUUUGAUGAAUUUAAUUGUCGGAAUUUCUGACUUUCAAUCUUGCUUUAGAUUGCCGUGGUAACCAAUAGGAAUGUCUCCUGUUUGUUUUCUUUUCGUCAAAUUUUCAUGCGUAGUAAUUUUGCGUAGUUGUCGAAAUAUUGUUCAGCGUAGUGAUAUAGAUAUGUGACUCAGCGAUAAAUCUCCGCUAAUUUUGACAUUCUAAUUCAAACAAAUUAUUUGUGGCAUUGACAUAAUUAUUUAUGGACAUUGAUUGAUUGAAAUAUAUAGUUCUAUCUUGAUGGAGACUUAAUUGACUUGCCUGGAAUUGGUGUAUAGUAGUUUAUUGUGAACAACGACCACAACCCUGGGAUAUACUCGUUCCAGUUCUUGCCUCUAGGUUGGGCAGUCGAACAAAUAUUGCAGUUUUUUUACCAUGACUAUCUUUUACUUGCGAAAGACGUGCUUUAAAUGGCUUACGAGGAAUAGUAGAAUGAUCAAAUAGAGGUAUAAAUUUCUUUCCUUUUGAGAAUUGUCAACUUAACGAAAGAAACGUUAAGGAGAUCAAAUUUCGUUUUUUGCGAAUUGAUUUUUUUUGGCGGAGAUUUGUUGCCGAUUCAGGGACGCCUGGGAUGCAUGCAGGAAAGCUAAAUAUAUGUCAGUGUGCACACUAAUGAUAGAGCAUCUACUUCAAUGCUAAGCCCGAGAUAGUACUCUUUGAUUGCACUAGGUGGCACUGUGUGUUUGGAAUUGAAUAAGUCCAGAUAGAAUGUCUACUGACUUUUCCAUCUUUUGUUGAUUGCUGGAGUGGUAAGGGUAGCUUGUUCGCCUGACGUUACCAAGCACAUGCAAAUUUGAAUUCAGUCUUUUGAAAGAGCCACCUAGUGGUCAGACAGAGUACUAAGGGCAACCUCCCCUCACUCCACCUAUUCUCACUAACAACACUAUUUUCUAUACGUGAUUAAAUUUGCGAAGAAGGUUUUUUUCCAUGGUUUGGUCGCCUACUCUCAAAGCACUACCACCUCUCACCUCAAUCUUAAUUCUAGUACCUUGAUAGGUUUUUUUCUGACUUUGUACACGCAAAAUAUUUCUGCAUCGCUAUGGCACGCACCACAAGCGAUCGUGCAAUAUGCAAGUCACGUCUAACUGUGCCAUUCCACAAUUUAGACGAGUCCGGUUUGUGCUAAAAUCUGGACUCAUCUUGUACCAUUCCAACUGCAACGUUGCGUAGUGUUGUGUCUAGAAGGUGGAAUUACAAUGCAAGCGGAAAAAACUGUGAUAUCAUGAAAAUGUGUAUGAAUGAUUUUGAGUGACCUUGACUUUUGGUCUUGCGUCUGUGACCUUGGGUUAUGACCUUGACCUUUGACUGCCAGAACUUGCCACAAGUCACAUCAAAUCGUAAAUAAGCAAAAUGAAAACGUCCAGAUUCAAAUCUCAGUUGUAAAAAGUGCACAGUUUUAUAUCGUAAACAUUUUAUCGUCGUGGGCAACGAAAUAAUGUCAUUGAGAUUUUUGUCCUGAAAGACUCAGAUAUGCAGUGUUCUAAUUUCAAUGAGUGAUGAGCAAAUUAGCAUAAUUCCUGCUCUAUCUGGCUCAUUUGCAUAUUUUGGUAAAAUUGUGUGACCUGUACAAUGAUACUCAGCCCAAAUAUGGGCGUUCAAAUCUGCUUAUGAGAAUUGUGUCACAUUUCGUGGAUAGUUUAAAUUUGAAUGUAACAUUUAGUUACACAUUUCGUCCAUAGGUGGCGCCACUGCACAAAAGUAUAUGAAAUAUUUUCAAAAUUAGCAAGAAAUGUCGGGUCCCGUUGAAUCUGCACCUGCACUCUCAGCAUCUCACUACCUGACACCCCUAAAAAGGCUGAUAUCCACAAUCGACAGAUCCAAUUUAAAGAGAAUUGAUUGGUCCAUUGUGCACUUCUAGGGGUGUAAGGUUGUCAUGUCUAUAACUCUACUUCAUUCCAAAGUGCUGCGCUUUUCGAUUUUUCUUUGCGGCCGUAUUUAAGAUAUGGCAUUGUUGUUUGCUUUUGUUUGUAUACACAACUAUGCUAAUUCCCCUCGUGAUGUCAUCAAAAUGUGUGCUGAUGUCAUCAAAACAUGUAGAUGUCAUCAAAUCCUGCAACAAAAUUAUAUGACAUCAAAUGUGCAGAGUCAUUUCUGAGCCAUUGCAACAUUGCUUGAUGAUGUCAUCACUUUGCGCUUAGCAAUUACUGAUGAUGUUAUAUUGUAUAUGCAAAUUAUUAGAUGCGAUCCUCAAGUGUAGUACCCAUACUUGCAUGUUUGUCCGGUUCAGAGUCAAUAUUUUGUCCGCUUGCAAUUACGGAAUAUGUAGAACACUUGUGGCUGGGCUGGUGGAUUUUGAAGUGUGUAGCAAAUUUGUAAAUUAUGAUUUUCAGUUUGUGCAGCAGGUACUAGGCCUAUAAGAAAUGUUCACUCUCCGACACACUGGGACUGGGUAGGCCUAUGUGAUGAAUGUGUGUGUUUGACUUUAUCUACUGACCAGUUUUAUUGACUACAUCUUUGUCAUCAAAACUAAUCAUAAAUUAGCGAAACGAGCAAAUAACGUCCAUCUUUUUCUGCCUUGGCUUUUGAGAAAUGGGUCUGAUCUCAGAACACCUGUUUGACCUCGAGUGCCCAGUUUUAUGACAACAUCGCUACAUACUUCAAAACUCCACUCAUUUGCAUAUAUUAUUAUUCAUGAAUUAAAAACAUUCCAAAUCAUAAUUAGUGAAAAAAGAAAAUGUGUAUACAUAUUAGUUCUGUAACAGCAAAUAUUAUAUAAAAUUAUCGUAUCACUUGUCGAUAUUGCGCAGAUUUCGCGCAAAAGACACAAUUUGUUAAGCAAUACACUCACAUGCUUUGGACAUUUAUUGGUAGUUCACCCGAGGUAAAAGGUCAUAUGCAAAUGAGGUCAAGGUCGGAGAAAGUCGCCGAGAGUUAAACUGUCGAUGCAAUCAGCCCUAGAUCUAAAAAUGCACUUAUUAAAAAGGCACCGAAUUAACCUUUCAAAUAUAGUCAUGACCUUGACAUUUCUCCAACCUUGACCUUUACAUGACCUUGAGAACUCAAUUUAGUUUGCCUUUAACUUAUUCUCCUGUUACAUACAUAUCAUGAUGAUUUUUUCGGUGAAAAUGUCGGAUUUUUUCGUUUCUUCUUACGUGUGAUACUCGUGCCAGAUUUUACACCGACCCAGAUCGCCGUUGCUAUGGUUACUAUCAAAGUGCAUGAUGGGAACUGUUUGCGCCUGGAGCAUUUCUUGCGAUUGAUUCACGAAAUGCCUUCGAGAGAGAGUGGUAAACCAUGACACGUUUUUUUCAAAUUUUGACUUAAAAUUUGGCCAACAGGUGUCACUCUGAACUCACCAUAUGAUCCAGAAACUGAUUCAGCAGUUUCCAUAUUAGCGUAAAGUGUUCAUGCAGUGUCUCUGCGAACUUGUCCUGAUACUACAGUUGUCAGUCGUGUGUUCAGAGUGACAUCUAUCCACGGUCGCAGAAAUGCUCCAAGAUUUGGUCUGAGUCGGUGAAACCAGUAUGCAACAAAAAAAUCCAUCCGUGCUCGGCUCAGAGUAUGUUCACCAGGUGGCAACUUAAAAAAUAUCUCGGACACAUAUACUCUAAUUUGUGAAAUCAAAUGUUGAUUAUAAAUUCGUGAAAUGGAAUAGUCAUUAUAGAAAUGCACACAGACGAUUUUGCUUCAAUUUAUUUGUCUGUUUUGAGAUUUUUGAAUCUCGAUCCAGUGAAUUUUAUUGCUAAGGUCCUUGGAUGUGUUUUCAAAUGCCACCUGGUGUCUGUAUCCUGAAUUAAAUGCAUGUACAUUCAAUGUCUUUUGCCAGGGAAUUUGUAACGUGUAAACUUUUUAUGAGCUUUGGUAUAAAAUGUUCUCAUUUCUAUUAGAAGCCGAUUAAUCAAUGUAGCUAAUUUGCAUAAUUUAUGCUCAAAUUUUUACGAAUUUGCAUAAUUUAUGCAAAUUUGUGACUUGUUUCCAUAAUUUGUGCAAAUCUUUGAUUAUUGGCUUCUGUGUGUGUAUAUAUGAUUAUAUGUUGUCUGUGACAGACAACCCAUGUAAUGCCCUGAAUAUGUUAUGAUAAUAGCUUAAGAUUCCUGGUUGUGUUGGGGACAAAUCCAGCAAAGGGGGGAAUUAUCUGAAUCAUUAAUUCAGAGUUUGAAACCAGGGAAGCAUUUGUCCGCUGCAUUGACCCCUGGACCCCAGUUUCAUUCCUCAGAUUUCGCAAUCUUUGAAACAGCAGAGCAUGUUCGUGUUGAAGACCCGCAUCAAGGUUUUAAUAAUCACUCAUCGGAUUUUGUCAAUCUUUAUCGUCACCCAGCUUAGGGUAUUUAACAGAAUUUAUGCAGAUCAUUUGCAUAUUCAUAUUUCAGUCAGAUUCAGCUUUAAAUAGAUAGCACUCGUUUGUAUGAAAAUCUCAAAAUUGUGACAAUCUUAGGAAUUGAUGUUAAUGUAGGUAGGAUGCACUUCAAAGUAAAAAAAACAACUUGAAACUGCACUAAUUGACUUAUUACAACUUCAGUUAAUCAAAUUUUAUGGAUGAGUUGUUGAGUAAUUUCACUGAUCAAAACUGUUUUUUAGCAUGUCUCAGUUGAUCCCACCGAAACAAAUUUGAAUAUUUUCUAACUGCCUGCAGCUGAUUUGGCAUAACCAUGUCAACUUGCAUUGGUAACCAAGGUAAACACUGGUUGCUGUGGUUGACAAUCACCACGGCAACAGUCAGAGCGUUGCUAUGGAACGUAGAAAUAUUGCCUAGGAACUAGCCGCGAUUACUUUCUUUCUUCUUUUUUUUUGCAUUUGUGUUUUGACUUAACAGGGUAUGGAGAUGUUUGUGUUAUUUAGUUUUGUAUAAUCUUUAUUUAGAGCCUGGUGUCCACAGAAUUUGCAUAAUUUAUGCAAGUCUAACAAAUUUGCAUAAUUUAUGCAAAUUUGUGUUUAUUUGUUGAUCUUUUAUCCAGGAUACUCAAUAUUAAUCUGGAUUGAAGGAGGUUAUGCACCAUGUACUUAAUUUGUGAUGUAGCUUUUAGCUUUUAGGUAUAUCUUUAGAUGUAGGCUAAUUUGCAUAAUGCACGCAAUAAGUUGGUUGAUUAGCAUAAUUUAUGUGAAAUGGUUUAAAAUCCUUGGCAACUCCAAGUCCAGUUAUAGAAUCACUAAUGAUAUAUGUCUUCAACAUGGUUGUGCUCUGCUGUUUCAUUCAGUGGCUAAUUUCCCUUGUCCAAAUUAGCAUAGGACUUCCCCAAAUCUGCAUACAGCUGCCCCUUAGUAGCAUAUUAUGGUUCAUCUGGUUUAAAAUUACAAUACUCUUGUGGUGAUAGUGAAUUGCGUAUCUGUUGAAAAAUAUUAAACUAGUUAUCAUAUAAUUAUUUGGGUUUCUCAGUGGAUCACAGUUUGACUUAAUUAUGGAAAAUUGUAGACAUUAUUUGGCUGAAAUAUUGAAAAUUAUAACAAAAAUUGGUAAUGGUUCAUCUGUAUAUUGAAAUACUGAAUUGAAAGAUUCACGCUUUGUUAUCCAUUUAGUGCAUCCAAUUUAUUUAUUCAAUAAAAUCCCAACUUUUGGCACAAACAUAAUUUAUAAGGGCAACUUUGUUGUUGCUAUGGCAAGUACUGCGGUUACUAUGGUGAACAGUGUGUUGCUAUGGUAAUGUCAAUUUGCUAUGGUUAUAAGAAAAUGAUAUGUGGGCCGAAAAAUGAAUUUAAUUUGAUAUUUCAAUAUCUCAGUGAAUGGUUUAUUUUACAUAGACUAGCUCAGAGAUUUAUGUUGAGCUUUUGUAUUUGAAUUUGAAUUUGAAAAUUUAAUUUGUUUGGAAACUUUUCCAUCAGAUUGCACCAGGUUUUGUCGAAAAAAUGAGAUUGUGUAAAAUCCAGUUCCCUGUAGGGAUCACAUGACAAUAUUAUGUAAAUUUAUGCAAAUAAGUGGAGCUAAUACAGGUUUGGCAGAUUUUUCAAAUCAAAUUACAUUGUUUUGUGAAAAAGGUUUUGCAAUUUUAAAUCAUAUAUACGAAUUAUCACUGUGUCUUUUAUUUGGGUAUUUCAGAUAUAGAAUGUUUCCAUGUUACUACGGUAACCUGGAGGUGGAAAAUGACUACCGGUUCUUUUCUCGUAUUCAUGAAUAUUCAUCGGGCAAUAGUGAAUUUAAUUUGCAUAAUAUGUGAGUCCAUACGACCAAAUUUAGGCGUAAAAUGUCAUAUUUUGGCAAAACUGAUCCUGUUUGCCAUCUUGGCUCCAAGUUUGUUGACUUGUACGCAAGACUUUCAAUUUGAUGUCCUCUUCAUGCAUUGAGCAUAAAUGUUUUCUAUUCAAUAUUGGGUUGCUGUGGUGUCAUGCCAUGGUUGCUAUGGUAAUUCAUUGGUUGCCAUGGUUAUGGUAGUCAAUCCGGAGGUUCCAGUACUUCCCUAUUGUAACUGUUGUCAAAUCAGAUGGUUGCUAUGGAAAUACCAUGGUUACCAUGAUAAUACCAUAGUCGUCGUGGCAACACCUUGGUCGUUAUGUAAACUUUUUUGAGUUGUAUUGCAUUUACGUCGUCUCAACUACAGUUCAUUAUUUUGUGUGCAAAAUUUAUUUUGUUUUGAGUAUAACUUUCUCUCUUCGAUCUUGUAGUAAUGAAUAUUCGUGCCCAUGUAUGUACCCCCCACUUUUCUAUAGCAUUUGCAUAAUUUAUGCAAGGUUUUGACAUAUUUGCAUAACUUUAUGCAACAUUUUGUAAAUUGAGCAUAAUUAUGCAAAGUACUUUAGAUACAAUUGACUAAAAAUUGCAUAAAUUAUGUAAAAUAUGUGACUUUUGACAUUUACAUAUAAAAUAACUAAAGUUUUUGAGAAUUUUCUGAAUGAUUCGUAUUGUGGGUACGUUUGUCUAAAAAUUGUAAGUUGGUAUCAGUGAUCAUUUCUAUGGCAACGGUUUUCCUUUGUGUGCCCAUCACCCCUUAGAAAUUAGUGAACGCUUUUCAUCCUCUGUACAGAAGAGUCCAUUCUGUGUCAUGAUAGGGGUGUUGGGAUUUGGUAGCUUAUUUGUGCUUUGCUAACCAGAAAUAUAAUGCGUGAUUUUUUGCUCCUAACUUCAAAAUCUGUAAAGUUUGAUGAAUUUAUAAUAUUUGUUGCCAUAGCAACAGGUUAUCGUAGGUUGUUGCAUGGCAACCAUUUGUUUAUAAUGAUAUCCAGGGUGAUGCCAUUGUUGCUAUAGAGAUGCAUUUUAUCAUUGAUUUGACUUUGACUAUUCUGUAUAUUUUGGCUCCGUAACAAGAUGUACAAAUUUGGAGGAUUGUGUGCUGAUUAUUUCCUCCAUUUCUAUGGAGAUAUACCAUUGCUAUGGUGAUGCAUCGUUGCUAUGGAGACCGGCUAACUGUUGCUAUGGAAAUGCUUUGUAGUCGACAUAUCAAAAACUCUUGCCACCACCGAUAAACGAACAAAUGUAACAACAUAAGAUAGCUGAAUCAUUUGAGCAUUUUGGAUUAAAACUCUAUGGACUGUGGGGUUCUUUAAAAGUUGACCCAUAAAUAGAAUGGUAAAUCAUGAGGCAAAUUGGAAUCCUCAAAAAGUAUUCAUCAAGACCUCUCCAUUGGAUGGUCAUGCCAGUGGGUGUUUACUUUGUCACUUUAGCGGGCAUCUUUGUUCCUGAACCUUGAGUCCUAGAGGGUUAACCAAAACUGCAGCAGCUAACUUUUGUUGGAGUGGACUUGACUCUUCUGUGUGCAAUUGGGUUUUGCUCAAAUGCCUUUUGGCUGAGGUGGCCAUUUUGUGGUGUCAUACAUAAACCGAUGAUGUCACCGACAAAAUGCGGUGAUGUUAACAGUAGAAUAUGAUGAUGUCAUUGUUGCACUAAUGUGUAUAUAAAUUGGACCAUACACAAUCACGAGAAAAACCUCAGCAAGUGUGAUAUAACGCCCUCUUUGGCUACUUUUCCAACUUUCCAAUUAUCUAUUGGUCGCCAUUUAAUGGCACAUAAAAUGACUGAAAUAGUUUCAGUCCUGCCACUAGGGGGCGUUUCCUGAUCUUAGUAUUCAAAUUCUGCGAUUCCCCUUACACGAAUGCAAUAGAUGUCAUUCUCGUUUCGGUUGCCAAUAGUUCACAAGUCUUGGUUUGUGGUCUUGAUGUUCUCAAGAAAUAGUGUAUAGGAAAAUCAGUCUACUUAAAAGACCAAGUUUGACUUUAAAAAUUACAAGUGAUCACCAGGUAUAAAAAUUUUUUGAUACUGCAUUCUAUAAACACGAGUUUGAAAUAUGAACAGCAAAAAGUAAAAAUGAGGAAGAACUUUCUGAGAAGUAGAAAUGAUAACAAUUUGUUUGAUUUAGGCAUCUUUUCACCUGAUUUUGAUGGAAAUAAUUGGGCAUUUUGUGAGUCCUUAUUGGGAUUUCUGGCAUUGUGCAUUUAAAGUACAGUAACUCUGGCGAUGAAUUUUGUUUUUGUGUUUAAUGGUUGAUGGAUCUUUGUGUAGCAGAAUUUGUCGAAAUGCUUCGUUUAACUCUAUUUGUUUUUCGUGAAAAAGCUUUGAAUUUAAACCUGAAUAUUGAGUUUUUUGUGUCGUUGAAGUGCUUGCAAUAUUGGGUGAAAAGAUACCUAGAAAAAUUGAUUUAUCUAUUUCUCAAUCUGAAAAGUGUCUGAUCUUUUGAACCUGAUUUCUAUUGGCUGGCCAGCCCACUAUGCACUUCUGUAUAUAAUGGGCAAGCAGAACUUCACUGUCUUUUCAGAGGGUCCAUAGAGUCUGUAUAUACAACAGAGUAAAAACUCUUUCACUCAAAAUGGCUUUUCAUCAUUAUUCUGCUUUACCUGUCACGGUUGCUAUGAGAACGUGGUUACUAUAGCAACAUGGUUGCUCUGACAAUUCUAAAUGGCUGCCUUGGCAACAAUUUCAACUGUUUUGAUGGCUAAGAUUAGUUGAGUAGGAAUAUUUUUAUUCAUUCUUUGUUCUUUAUAUAUAAUAAAGUGAUAUCAUGUAGAAAAAACAACAAAUUGUUGACUUUUGCUAUUUUGCUAGAAUCCUUCCUACCGUCAGCUGAUUUGACUCGGUAGACUGCUGGAGGCUUUCUUCGUUUACAUCUUGCCAAUUGAGAUCCCUGCCCAACUGAUUACCUUCCACAACUAUUAUUCUUCCAAUCCAACACAUUAUCUAUGCAGGAA